AUGGCGCGGCGGAAAAAUUGGAUUUUCACCCAAGCGUUUAGCAUCCCCCAUAUCCAUCAUAGCGUCAUCUACACGCCGGCAUCAAGCUUCUCAUUCGCCGUGUUAGAUGCCGUGAUAAGCUCGGCGGUUGGCCGCUGCGUCGUCUACGCUGGAUUCCUUCCCGUGUGCUUUCUUUCUUCUGGAGCUGCCACCUGGGCUUCCAAUGAUGAAACCCGCCUGGUCAAAACCCUCUUCACUGGUUACAACAAGGUGGUCCGGCCCGUCAGUCACUUCAAGGACCCGGUAGUUGUCACUGUGGGCCUGCAGCUCAUCCAGCUUAUCAGCGUGGACGAAGUCAACCAGAUUGUCAGCAGCAACGUGCGACUCAAACAGCAAUGGAAAGAUGUCAACUUGCAGUGGAACCCGGAGGAUUAUGGCGGGAUCAGAAAGAUCAGAAUUCCCUCCACUGACAUUUGGCGGCCCGAUCUGGUACUCUACAACAACGCCGAUGGUGACUUUGCUAUUGUGCAUGAGACCAAAGUGCUGCUGGAGCACACGGGACUGAUCACGUGGAACCCUCCUGCCAUCUUCAAGAGCUAUUGUGAGAUCAUUGUGCUGCACUUCCCCUUUGACCUGCAGAACUGCAGUAUGAAACUGGGCACCUGGACCUACGAUGGGAACUUGGUCGUCGUCAAUCCUGACAGCGAUCGUCCCGACUUGAGUAACUUCAUGGAGAGUGGAGAGUGGGUGAUGAAAGACUUCCGCAGCUGGAAACAUUGGGUGUACUACGCCUGCUGCCCAGACACCCCCUACCUGGAUAUCACCUACCACUUCCUCAUGCUGCGCCUCCCCCUCUACUUCAUCGUCAACGUCAUCAUCCCGUGCAUGCUCUUCUCCUUCCUGACAGGGCUGGUCUUCUAUCUGCCCACAGACUCUGGUGAGAAGAUGACCCUGAGCAUCUCCGUCCUCCUCUCUCUGACCGUCUUCCUGCUGGUCAUCGUGGAGUUGAUCCCGUCCACCUCCAGCGCGGUCCCGCUCAUUGGGAAGUACAUGCUCUUCACCAUGGUCUUCGUCAUCGCCUCCAUCAUCAUUACCGUCAUUGUCAUCAACACUCACCACCGAUCCCCGAGCACCCACACCAUGCCCGAAUGGGUUCGAAAGCUUUUCAUCGAAACCAUCCCGAACAUUAUGUUCUUCUCAACGAUGAAGCGUCCCGGAAAGGAAAAGCCAGUGAAGAACAUCUACGGCGGCGACUUUGACAUCUCAGACAUCUCUGGCAACCAGGCUUCUGCUGUGCCCUACCAAUCACCCAUAACCAAAAACCCAGACGUCCGCAGUGCCAUCGAGGGAGUUAAGUACAUCGCGGAGACGAUGAAAUCGGAUGAAGAAUCUAACAACGCUGCUGAGGAGUGGAAGUUUGUGGCCAUGGUGUUGGAUCACAUCCUGUUGUGCGUCUUCAUGGCUGUGUGUCUCAUCGGCACGUUAGGCGUGUUUGCUGGACGUCUCAUUGAGCUGAGUAUGCUCUAGAUCACUGGUUCUUUAGCUUUUUACACCAAGUACCUCCAAGACAAAAUUAAUCAAAAUUAACGCUGUCCAAGUACCACUGGCACGAAAAUGCAAUAGGGUAGUACAGUAAGUGUUCAUCAAAAACGAGACGGAGGUUUUGUUACUAUAAAGUAUAUUAAAUAUUAUUCUAAGCCAUUGUAACAUGCACAAUUUGAACAUUAACAAUGCGCUCAAAUAUAGGAAAUGUAUUGAAUGUAAAAGUUAAAUACAACUGAACUGUACUCAGGCAGUUAUUCUUUCAUGUACCACUAGAGGGAGCCCGCGCACCACACUGAGAAUCACAGCUCUACAUGCCUAAAGCCUCAUGGCUGCUCAAAGAGGAGUGAACCUCAUUACAUGUUUUUUCUUUUAUCCCAUUAUGGAUUGUGGAGCUCCCUGUUUGCUCUUUUGGUGCUUUAAAAAUGACUGUAUUUAUAUUUUCAAUAUUAUUGUGUAAACCUGUAUCAUAUAUAAUGAGUAGUUUGCCUUUUUUGGUACUUUUAUGAAACUGAUGUCAUGUAUUGCAGGUUAACAUAUCUACAAUAAAUCCUAUGAGGAUUAAAUGUUCCAUUUUUGCAGGUUCUAUGUGUGCUGUGCAUGUUAUGAGUAAUACUAAGUGUUCUGAAUACCAUUUUAUUACAAUAUAUGAUCAUGAGAUGAAUGUUAGCAUGUCAACAGUUACUGUAAUUCAAGAUAAAAACUUUCAUACAAUACAACACAACACAAUACAUUCUGUUUGAUAACUAUAGCUUGAAUAUCUGUCAGGAAGUCCUUUAUAAACCCUUCCAAUCCUUGAUAAACCCUGCACAAUGUAAUGAGAUAAUGCUGUGUUCUUGUCAACUACACAUUAAAAAAAAAAUAAUAUCUACUAUGUUAAUUACGUCUCAUUAAUGUCUUUGUA